UGGAUUAGGUGAAUUUUCUGUUGCUUAUGCAAAAUACUUACCAACUGAGAUUACUGAAGUUUUUCAAAUGAUUGCUCUUCGAACACAGCCUUUUUAUAUAGAGAAAUAUGAAAUGGAUACAAACUUUAAUACAUUAUCAGAUUACUUAAGAACUUUAUCACAAAUUUUACAACAUAUACCAAAUAUUUCACAAUAUCACAUCAAUGUAGUAAUAGAAUUAAGUAUACUUUUUAUUAAAAAAUUUCCAAAUACAAAUAGAAAAAAUAGAGAUUAUAUUGUGAAUGCAUUAAAAAGUACAUUUCUAAAUAUUAUUUGUCUCGAAAAAAAUGUUCAAUCUCAAUACUUUAAAUGUUUUUUUCGUGAAGGAAUAUUGAACUCUUGUUCUCAUAGAUUAUUUAUUGAUGUAGAACUACAGCAACAAAUGCAAAGUCUUCCAGAGUAUCCAAUUUGUUAUAAAAACUAUUUACCUCUUUGGCAAUCAUUAUUUAAGAUAGAGAGUGAAAAUCAAUUUCCUCGACACUUUAUUUUACAAAUUUUUAAUGAAUUUAUUUCAGUUUUAAUUUUAUUUGUGGAUAAUCUGAAUUUUAAUGUAAACUUUCAAGAUGAUAAUUUGUAUAGUGACACAUUUUCUUUAUUGAAAGUUGAAAAUAAAACAGAUUUCCGGUUUUUUAUUAAUCUUGUUGAUUUAUAUAUAGAUGUUUUUGAAAAUGUCAACAGCAUUUUAUUGAAAAAUUGGAUUGAAAAACUUAUAAUAUAUUUUAUAAAAUACUCAUAUAAGUAUUCAUUGAUUUCUGGUUUUUAUAAACUAAUUAAAAUUUCUCAAUAUAUAUGUAAUGUUAUCAAGCUUAUUCCUGGAUUUUCUGGUGAAUUACAAGUAUCAUGUAUUUAUUUAAUUUUUAGCAUUCCAUUACAUUUCAUAAAAGAUUUAAUGAGUCAAAUUAGUUCAGUUUUCAAAAUUGCUUUUAAUAUUGGCUUAAACGAUCUUUCUUUAGCAUUUUACGCAUUAAAAAUGUUGGAGAAUUUAAUAAAUAAUCCAGAAAUUCAAUGUUCAAGAGAUUUUGUGAUGAGUGCAAUUCAUUAUAUAGAUCCAUAUCUUUCAUGUGAAUAUGGCAGCUUAAAUAUAUCUGCAUUUACUAUUAAAGAUAAAAAGGAAUCCUUACAAAAUAUUACUAAUAUGAAUGAUGAUGAAAGUCUCGAACAGUUACAAAAAAAAAUAUUACUUUUUUAUGGUUCGCUUGGUUUGAAUAUUUUAUUAGAUUUUAUUCACGAAAAAUCUAUUCAAACAAAUGCAACAUGGAACAAGAAAAAUCUUUUUCAACAUGAAUUACUUUUUCCAGAUAUUCGUUUAGUUAUUUACUUUGAUAAAUUUAUUCCAAGAAUAAUUGAAUUGACAAAAAGUGUUAAUAACAAAACAAAAAUUUCAGCAUGUGAAUUAUUACAUACUUUAAUAAUAGUUAUUGUAGAGAAGAAAUUAAUGGAUCAAUGUUUUAAUAAACCAAUGUGUUACACAGUUCUAAGACUUGCUAGCGAUUCAAAUGACACAAUCAGAAAUUUAUAUUAUCCAUUGGUAAUACAAUUGACUCAUUAUUUGAGCUCUAAUUUAAUGAAAGAAUCAAGAAUACCUCAGGAUUUUAUAGACUCGUUGUUUGAAGGUUUGACCGAAGAAUUCAAUACAUGUAUACGAGAUUGUUGUGGUUUGUAUUUAAAGGAAUUUGUAGAGUGGUCAGUAAAACAAUCGAAUGAAAGUGAAUUUGCAAGUUUAUUGAAAAUGAGAAACAUUGUUCAUCGAAUAACGAAUUCAGCCCUUUAUCCAUCGAAUAAAAAACAUCUAGCUGCUGCAAUUGCAUUCAAUCAUCUGUUUUCGAUUCUUCAAGAAAAUUCAAGUAUUCUUAACAUAUACUGGCUAGAAUUUUUAUAUGCUUUUGUAAAAUGUUUGGAAGAUAGCGAUGAUAUACAAAUUAUUUGCGCUAUUAAUCGCAUAGAGAAAGUGAUAAGAAACAAUGCAACUAUAUUUAAUAUUGAAAGUUCUGAUAGAAGAAGGCCUCCAGGCUUUCCAGAUGUAACUUUAAAAGGUGUAUUGAUAUGGCUUUUUAAUUACUGUGCUUCUUUGAAUAUAAAGUGUAGAUGCAAAAGUAGAGAACUUUUUGAACAUUUUUUGCCAUUGACAUCUGAAUAUGAUGUUAUCAAAAGUGUUCUUAUGGAUAAAGUUAAUGAAAUUGUAUUAAAAAAUUUGGAAGAAGACUUUGAGUAUAUUACAAUUAAUAAUUCAAAGGCUAUGCUACGAAGUUUAGAUUUUUAUAUUUGGAUUCUAAAAAGAAAAUUUUUACCUCUUGAAAGUUUAACAGUAAUUGAAAAAUUGCCUGAGAAGUUGAAAAUACUGUUAACAUUAAUAAAGACCGUAAGUUUAAAAAAGAAACCAAUAGAAGCAAUAAGAAAAAAUGGAUCUCCAAAUGCAUUGUAUUCAUGGAUCUUAGAAGAGCUUUUUACGUCAAAUAAUCUUGAAAAGAAAACAAUAUUCUUACAACACUUUUUAAUAUGCUUGGUUGACGAAGAGUCGACGAUCAUUAAUCCAGAAUUGUUCAUAGUUUUCCGACAAUUGAGAGAUGAAGAUACCAGUGUUUGUUUGAAAAAAUUCGAAUCGGACGAUACACUACGAUUUCAAGCUAUAUCAUGCUUCCAAAUGUUAUUAAAAAUGCUUGUCAUUACGAAAUCUUUAACAUUAUAUCAAGGUCUUAUUAAAUACACAGCCGGAAUGUACAAUUUUUUAUUUAAAGAAAAUAUAAAAGAAUAUUUAAAUUUAUAUUUUGCUAAUUUAUCAGAUGUAAAUGCAUUAAAAUCAUUAGAAAUUGCUUACAAAAUGUUCAUGGAGUUCAAUUUAAGCGUUGAAAGACUCGACGUUCUCAAGUACUUUCUAUUGCCAUCUAUUGAAUCAAAUAAGACUUCAAUCAUUGAAAGGUUUUACGUUGAAAAUUAUAAGGAAAUUAUUUCAUACGUAAUAAGAAAAAUUAGUGACGUUUUAAGUAGUACCGAAGAUAGAAUUAAACUAAUUAUUUCAAAGAUAGGCUCGUAUAACAUAUUUGAGCUUCUUUUUGCCAAAUUUGAAUUGAAAUUUAUGACAGUUGUAGAUUCCACUACGCAUAUUGAAAAAUCAAUUAAUCAAAUUUUAGUACGACAAGCCAUGGACUUGCGUUCUUUAAUUACGAAAAAUGCCGAAGAAAAGGAAAUGACAAGGCUGUUGCACUGUGCAGGUUUCAACUGUUGCACUACAUUGAUCAGUAUGAAGAAGGAUGAAGUAUUUUAUCCGUUGAUAUUUUAUGAAGAUAAAAAGACAAACGCACUCAUCUGGGAAAGGAUCGUCGACUGCGACAGAAAAUACAAUUUCAAUGAAACGACGUCAUCCGUAAAGAAAGAUAUAAAAACAUUAAUAAACAUUCGCAGGAAUAAUUAUAAUAACGAGGAAAAUCCAAGAGAAACGGCUGACUCAUACUAUCAUCAUUAUAGUCUAGCCUCUUUAACCUACUUUGAGGAUGUUCACGCGUUCGAUCUCAACGAUUAUAAAAUCCUGACGCAAGUCGAGACAAAUGUAGAAGUGGAGCGCCGAUUGAGCAUGAGUUUUGAGAGCGACGAACUCAACGAACACGAGUGCAUGCCCAUGAUAUCUGGCGUCCUCGUGCAUAUGUUUAACAACGAAAUAUACGCGAUGCCCGAAGGUCAGAUCGGCACCGACCAGUUGCCCCGAUGUUUAAAGUAUUUUCGUAACUCAUUCGCCACGCGUCACGACAACGUCAGACUCUUCCUGAUGAAGAUUAUCGGAAAUGCCAAGAACGCCUUCGUACCGUGCAUCAAGGCCUUCUUCCAACCCCUUUUAGGCACCAUCGACCGUUAUCUUGCAAGCAACCCGCUCAACUACAUCGUCAGAGACAUCCUCGUUAUUCUCAUUCAAUCCAGGUACAAGCCCAUUGGCGAGGGCGAGAUAAAAGACGCCCAGAAACUUAUCGAACGGCUAAUUGAAGUCGCUCCUGAUCAUUCCCCUCGUUUUUUCCGUUACAACCUCGAUUUAAUCGAAAAUCUCACAAGACUUUGGAUCGAGCAGCUUCACUGGCCUAAAAUACUCGAGAACAAGGUUAAUUUGGACUGCGACUUGCUCGUGAAAGCAUCAUUGGCCCUCCUUCACGCUGGUUUGCGCGGGAUCACCGACUGCGGUCUAAUUUGCAAUCACGUCUGGUCCGCGAUGCAGCAUUGGACAGAAGAGGAGUCUAAAGUUCUCGCACGUUUCGAGGCACUCGGCUGGAUAAUGCGCCUUCGUGACAAGAACUGUAGUCAUAUUGGGACUCCCGAGAUAACAGCUCUCCUUAGCAAUAUCGAAGCUAAGAAUCAAGAUCGCUGGGCUCGUUGUUUGUUCGCGCUUCAUCGUGGUUGGGGACUCCAGGCCCAAUCGGGGCCUACCCUUAUUGAGCUUAAACGCCUGCCUGAGCACGCCUGGCCCGAGGCCCUUGACCUUUUCCUCAGACGACUACCUCAUCUGCAACCCGAUCGACUGCACACGGAGUUUUUGCUUUUAGAUCUGUCCAUGUACCUUCGCGAGCGCUCACCCACCUGCGCAGGACCCGCCCUGCGUAUUCUCGCGGCUUUGGUACCGCGACUCGCGGAGCCAGAGUUGCGACCUCUCUUACUCUUGGCAGUUAGGCUUACAGGUCCAGCGGGUACUCCAGAACAGAGGUGGCUAGGAUACGCGGCGCUAGCUGAAGCAUAUCUGCACUACAAGGACGCGUUUUACUUACGGUGGCUCGUACGGGGCUUGAACGACCCGUCGGAGAAGGUACACGAAGAGGUACUCGAGUUCUGGCGUAAUCGCAUCUCUAUGCCAAAAACAAGCAGCGAACGCCUAUUAUUUAUUCUCGAUUUGUAUAUGCCUGAGUUGGAAUCCGUUUUCGCCCAUUUUCUUUGUUUGUCGAUGUUGGACCUGGCGGCGAAUGCUCAGGAUGGUGAGCGCCUGCUCUUAGACAUACUAGACAAUAACGUACCGACGAGCUGGAAAUUUGCCAGUUUGGGUACUCACGCGCCGCUUUUCGUCCCGUCAUUGGUCAGUCGGCUUAACAUGCCUGGAUCUUGGCUAGACGCAGAUCAAUCCGUACCCAAGCGAAUGCCCGACCCCUCGCAAAAUGAAUUGUCCUGGCGUCCGAAUUCGCGUGAGCUUAGCGCUGCUAGCAAACGCCACGGGAGUUAUAGGAGGCGUUUUGUAACAGACGAUUAUGAGAAGUCUAACGUUACGCAGCAAGGUUUUGUCGAGAGUGUGAAACGGCUUCUCGCCCAGGACACGAUGUUCUGCAAGGACUUUGCCGUGGCACUUGUGUGCCAAUUGAUCGAGCGUCUACGCGGCGCCGAGAAAUACGAUGACUUUGUAAAUAAUUUGACUGCAAGUUUUGACAGAGCUUUACAGGCGCAGCAAGAAGAAGACAGUGAUUUCUUGGCAGUGAUCUUGGAGAUCGCAUUGCGCUCGAAAGUAAUGAGGGUAAACGCCGAGACUAUAGGAAAGGUCUGUAAGACACCGAGUCUCAAUGCUCUAGGGAUACUUUUAUUGGAACAAAACAUAAAUGAGGAGAGUGAGGAGGACCCUCCGCCGAAGAAGAGAGCGAAGACGGAUGAUUUGGAGGAAAAAGGCAAUUGGAUGAAAUUGGCAACGUUAUUUAAAUCAAUAGGCAAGGGUGACCUUGUGAAAAGUAUUUUUAAACGCCCUAACGUGUUUAUUAAGGAAAUGAGAGAGGCCGCAAUGGCCCAUGCUAACACCGAAUGGCUCGAGGCGAAAGAUCUUUACGAAAUCGCCUAUGAAGUAACAUUUAGUCCCGAAAAGGACUUCUGCCUUGAAAAUAUGUUCGAGUGCUUUUACGAACUUAGUUCCUGGGGCGAGAUUACUAAGAAAACCGAUAUUAUUCUUGACGGUAAUUAUAAUUCAGUCUGGGAGUCUCCAAAACGACAGCUGCUUCUUCCCUGGAUACUUCGGGGACAACUACAACAAUCUCUCGAGGUUUUCAACGACGGCAAAGAGCUGGAAAAUGCCAACUUCAUUGCUAAUUUCGACAGUUGGAUACAGAGCAAGGAAUCGUUUAUGAAAAAGACUUACGGCGAGGAGAUGGCAAUGUUUUACAUCUGUGGUCAGGAAACCGACGAAAUUUCCAGGCAUUCUGUCAAAUGUCACCUUGAUUAUCUAAGAGAGCAAUGGACGCGUUUGAGUCCCUUGUCUGAGAUAUUGAAGACGCAGAUUCUGAUGAAACUUCGAGCAAUUUAUAAUAUCAACAAUUAUAUCGAGCUACUCAGGUCUACGGACAUUGUUGAAGCGUCAAAAAGUAUAAUUCGUUACUGGGAUCAGCACGUGCCCUCUCCGAACGACGAGCUUUCAAUUUGGAAUAUUCACGUAUCGUAUAGAUUAACUUUAGCAAAUAUAUUACAUAGAAAACUAUUUGAAAACGGAGCAGAAUCCAUGGCCUUCAAAGAAAUAAUAGCAGCGAGCAUUCGACAACGAUUAAAAAUAACUGAAUUAGCAAUGAAACAUAAAAAUUAUGUAAUAGCUAAAAAGCAUGUACUAAGAUGCGAGAUAAUGUUAAAUCAACUCGACGGAAACGAUUAUUUGAAAUUGAAACAUGAUUUUACUUUGACAGCUUCAAAGUAUAAAUUUUUUUGUGGUCAACGUUUUACUAACACUGCAAAAAAAUUUAAAUAUUAUCUCUGUUCGUGGCAAAUAACAGAUCAAAUAAUAAAGGAUAAUAAUGCCGAUCUCGUGACGAAAAUCAAUGCCAAGCACCAUCUCUUUGAUUUAGCUUUAGCUUUAAAGAGUUCAGCAGAAAAAAAUCCAGAAUUUUUACAUCUCCUUAUGCAAACUAAUAUUUUCAAAGAAAUGGAUAAGCCAGAUGGUGCUAAUAUUUUAGACGCUUUUAAAGCAUAUAGUUUUAAUAUUUUAAAGAAUGUAUGCGAAUCGUCUAAUGAUACAGUGAUGGCUAAGAGCUAUACAAAAUUUGGAAAGUAUUGCUACACUUUCUUAUAUGGAAUCUAUCAACGCGACUCGACCAUUUCCGAUCAGUUCAUCUCCUCUAUAUUAAUUGGCAUGUCCUUAGGCUCACUGGAGGCUGCUCAUUAUUUUCCUUGUCUUUUAAAAGAAGAGUUUUAUGAAAACGAGCAAUCGGUGCAACUUUUCAUUUCUAAAAGUAAAAAUGUACCGAGCUGGAUGUUUCUAUCCUGGCAGGCACAAAUUUUAGCGUAUUUAAAUAAACCAAUUGCUAAGCUCCUAAUUCCAAUUCUGUACAGACUAGUAAGCGAUUAUCCAUAUGGUAUAAUGUAUAAUUUCCGUCAUAUUUACGAGGCUUUACCUUCAUUAAGAAUAAAUUGUAAAAUCCAGAGUAUGUAUGAAUCACUUUUCAGUAAUCCAAAAAUUGAUACAUUUUUUAAAGCGAUGCAUCGAGUUUGUCAACCAGAACAUUAUACGAGACAUUAUUUGUUGAAAAUUUUCGAAUCCGAUGGUAAUUUAUCUAAUUCUAUCGAUACUUUGAUUGACAAUAUUUUUAUACAACAAGUACAAGAUAACUCAUUGCAAGGAUUGAUCUAUAGAGUUCUAGACAAGUAUAAACGUCGACUAAACGAAGUAAAAGAGAUGGAUUGUGAAAAUGCUAAAAAACAUUUGCGAAAUAUUGCCAUUGAUUUAUAUGAAUCAAUGAAAAAAAGAUUGGCAAAUGUAAAUAGGCAAGCUUUGCAAAUCAAGGAUUAUAGUCCAUAUUUAAGUAAUUUUUCAGGCGAAGACAUUGAACUUGAGAUACCAGGACAAUAUCGAGAUAAUGUAAAGCCAAUGCCUCAUUAUCAUAUUAAAAUCUUAAAGUUUCAUCGUUUCGUCAGAGUAAUGGAUUCCAAAUGCAACCCUAUCAAGAUCAGAAUGAUUGGAAAUGAUGCAUUGACUUAUGAUUUCCUUACUAAGUUUGGUGAAGAUCUUAGAUUGGAUCAGCGGUUACAACAGAUUUUCAAUAUAACUAACAAAACCUUAAAGGCUGAUAUAAAUUGUAAGAAGAGGCACUUGUCGAUAAAUACUUACAAUGUUAUUGCGCUAUCGAGUUCGUUGGGACUUAUUCAAUGGGUUGACGAAACAAAGUCACUCAAAGAAUUUGUUCAAUUUUCAAUGGCCGACAAGACAAUAAUCGAAACCGUGUCAUUAAAAUAUCAAAGUUGGAUUAAAAAGGCAGGGAGAUCAGACGGAUUAAGUAGUGCAUAUAAAAGAGCUGUGACGAAAUAUCACCCGAAGGAAGUGAUAUCUAAAAUGAAAGAGCUCAUUAAUGUUAUUAAUCCGGAUUGUUUGAGAAAGACUUUUGUAAUGCUGAGCCCCUCUUUGGAAUGUUUCGUAUCGUUGCGACAAAAUUUCAUCACGAGUUAUGCAACAAUGUGCACAAUUCAUUGGAUCACUGGAGUCGGAGAUCGGCAUUUGGAAAAUUUGUUAAUCGAAGUGAAAAGUGGAAAGUGUUAUGGCAUUGACUUUGGCUUAGCUUUUGGCACUGGCAUCGAUCAAUCAAUUCCAGAAUUGGUUCCAUUUAGGCUAACAGCACAGAUUUUAGGCUUGUUCAAGCCUUUUACCGAGGAAGACUUAUUUGGAAUUACGAUGACUCAUGUAUUAAACGCUUUGCGAAUCGAACAAGGUCCUAUGGUGGCCUGUUUAGAUAUAUUUAUUCAGGAACCUUUGGACUGGAGUAAACACGCAAAUAAACAUCUAAAUGAUGAGCAGGAGAAAGAUUUUAAAUGGUUACCACGAAAGAAAAUUGAAAUUAUAGAAAAAAAACUAAAUGGAGGUAAUCCAUCUAAAAUAAUGGUGGAAGAAUUAUCCAUCAUGCACGAUGAUGAAAAUUUAUUUGAAGGAACUCUUUAUAAGUACACACACAUUAUUAAUGGAACUGAUUCUAAGCAUAUAAGGAAAAGAUCAAGAAUGAAAACUGAAUUUCUUACAUCAGAAAAACAGGUACAAUGUUUGGUGGAACAGGCUACAGAUUUAAAUAUUUUAGGACGCAUGUGGGUUGGAUGGGCUCCUUAUGUUUAA